AUGGGUGGCCGAAUCUGGUCGAGGGCCGAAGAGAGAAUCUUCUGGCUCCAACUGGUGCCCCAUUCCCCUCGGCGUCUCGGUGCCGACCUCCAGAAUGAGGAACAAAGCUGGGAAUGGGUCGCGAAGCAGAUGACGGCGAAGAUGGGCGAUAACGCCCGCCGUAAAUACACCGGAUUGGGUGCCUUUGAGCACUUCUUCCUCAACGUCCACCAGUGCAGGUUCUCGCCGAAUAUCGGCACCAUGCACUACAAGUACUGGAAGGCUGAGAAAGAGGCCAAGAAGCGCAAGCAGGGCAACCAGCCGGAGCCAGCCGACCAAGCUGGCAACGGAGAGGCCAGCACUGCUGCUGCUUCUGCUGGCGGAUCUGCCAGCCCUGCUGUGGCCGCCGAAUCGCCCAACGAGCCACAGGGUGUGAGGGCCUUGGUGGACAACGCCGCAGCCGAGAUCGCCAGCCAGAACGGCCAGACGGAUCACUCCAUCGUCAUCGAUUGUUAG